GCUACUGAAGGUCCCUGCAGUUCUCCAAAGCCAGGUAUGCUGGACUUUGUCAAGAAAGCCAAGUGGGAUGCAUGGAAUUCUCUUGGCAAUUUGUCUCAGGAUAAUGCCAGACAGAAAUAUACUGAACUUGUCUCAAGUCUGGUCUCUGCAGAAUCUGCUGGCCAGGAGAAAGAUGCUUCUCCAGAAGAGAGCAGACAUGAUGGUUAUGAAACAAUACUAGUUACCACCAAAAACAAUAUAACAAAGAUAAUGUUUAACCGACCUGAUAGGAAAAAUGCCAUCAACCAUAAGAUGUACAGAGAAAUUAUGAAAGCACUUGAAGAAGCUGGGAAAGAUGAUUCUGCCAUAGCAGUUAUUACUGGAAAUGGAGACUACUAUAGUAGUGGAAAUGAUCUGACUAAUUUUACCAAUAUCCAAACUGGUGAAAUGGAGAAGAUGGCAAAAGAUGGAGCAGUAUUACUCAAAGAGUUUGUGGGUCAUUUUAUUGAUUUCCCUAAACCACUGAUUGCAGUGGUAAACGGCCCAGCUAUUGGAGUCUGCGUCACGCUCCUUGCCUUGUGUGACAUCGUCUAUGCUUCUGACAGGGCUACGUUUCACAGCCCAUUUAGUCAACUUGGACAGAGCCCAGAAGGAUGUUCCUCUUACCUGUUUCCAAAAAUUAUGGGCUUAGCUAAGGCAAGUGAGCUUUUGCUUUUCAAUAAAAAGCUGACUGCUGCAGAAGCCUGUGCCCAGGGACUUGUGACUGAAGUAUUCCCCGACAGGACUUUUCAGAAGGAAGUUUGGGCAAGAUUAGAAGCUUAUGCAAGCUUCCCCAAAAAUUCCUUGGCAGUGUCAAAGCAACUGUUACGAAGUGUGGAAAAGGAGAAGCUCCAUGCAGUCAACAGUAAAGAGUGUGAAGUCCUGGAGGAAAGGUGGUUAUCUGAUGAAUGUGUAAACGCUAUUGUCAGCUUCUUUCAGAAGAAAUCAAAACUUUAAUCUUAACCAGUAGAAUAAUUCACCUUCUGGCAGUAGCUUAAUCUGCCCUUAUCGUUAAUGAACUUUCUUUUCAAAUAAUAAUUCUUGGACCUUUUGAUGUGGUGUAUUUCUGUUCUGAGUACUGGGUUAAAACUGGUUCAUAGGAUUAAUACAAUGUUACGUGCCUUGGAUCCAUUAUGGAUAUCUGGGUUGGGAAAAAAG